AUGCUGAACCUAGACUUCCGGCCCCAGCUAACUGAGCUUUCUCGUCUCAGAGACGAAGUUUUUGAAAACAUCGAGGAUAUCAAGAAUCUAAAAGAUGAUGAAAUCGAUUCUAUAGAGACAAGGAGAAACACACUCACCAAACGUGCUCACUACUCGAUCAACCAGAUGAACGAUCUCUUGAGUGUGCUUGAGAUUUUGAUAUCACAACAAGCUCCAAGGAAAGCAGACCAGGAUCUUCUUUGGGAGCAAUUUGCCCUACACAAGCUGACAGUUCGCAAUCUCAAAGAGAGACUAAGAGACAGCCAAACUACAGCAUAUGAGGAAGAAAGCAAGCGAGUUCAUGGUCAGAUUAUAGACGAGUACGUCAAGAAAUGGAGCAACCAAAAUGAGGAUCUGAGAGAACAGUUGUUUGCUGGAAGAUCAACGGCUCAAGAAGAGUCUGGCGACAAGCCAAUUGAGGAGCAAGUGCUCACACAAAACAAAAAUAUCACCAAUUCCUUGAGAUUGACCAAGCAGCUAAUGACCAUGUCUGUGAUGCAAACAGAGCUAAAUACCGAAACACUCGAGCAACAGACCAGGGAUCUUCACAAGGUGAACGACAAGCUUGUCGAUCUAGACGCGUUGUUGAACAAGUCGAGGCAGAUUGUCAAGUUUAUCGAAAAGCAGGACAAACGAGACAAUAGGCGCAUCUACUUUAGCAUUGGUUUCCUUCUUCUAUGUCUCGCAUGGGUCAUUUGGCAUAGAAUCUUGAAAUUGCCCGUCAAAAUGCUCACAUGGUCUCUUCUAAAGGUACUUGGUGUCGUUUCUUGGUUCACGACAAAGAAGGAGCUAACCGAUCCAAUCAGUUCAUAUCUGACGCUAAGGCAUGAACAGGAGGUAUAUUCCCUGCCAUUGGAGUCUAACGUUUUAUCAAGUGAAACUCCCACCCUUGUCGAAGAUGUGAUCGAUGCCACUUCCUCAGAGAUAAUUGAGAAUUUUGUUUCAGCAGAACCCAUAAUUAAAGGCCUGUUAUCUGAAGAAGAGGUCGCCGGUGAAAGCUUCGAGAAUAUCGAAUCGCCCUCCAUCGAUGUAGAGAUCGGGACUACGACUAUUUCGACCGAGGAAGUUGCCCCAUAUAUCGAGACGGAGAGCUUAGAAGAACCCAGCCUGGAUGAAACUAGUGAAAUCAUUGAGCCAAUUAAUAGCAAGACUGAGGAGAAGAAAUCUGAUCAGGACAAGAUUGAUGAACUUGAAGAGCUGUACAACGAAGCACAGGAGAAGGUUGACUCUACUGCUGAAAAUAACCCAGACUUUGACAGAGACAUUCAGAAAGAGGAUCAGGAACCCGAAAACGUUCAAACCACCGCUUCCGUUGACAUUCAGCCCGAGGAGGUCAUUGAGGAAGAGCCAAUAACCGUUGAUGAACCGUACAGAGAGGAGCCCUUGAGCUCAAUUAUAAGUGAGGCUCUAGAUGAUGAUCUGGAAACUCCUACAUUCCAUGAAUGGACUCCGCCCAAUGCUCACGAUGAACUUUAA